AUGUUGGCUAAAAUUGAAGAAAAUAACCAGUGGCGAGAGGGAGGACUGAAGAGGAAACAUUUUAGAGAUGGAGAGAGAAUUAGGAGGUGGAAGAGGAGGAGGAGAGGAGGAGGAGCGAGUGGAGGAGGAGGAAGAGGAGGAGAUGGGAGUGGAAGAAGAGGAGAAGCGGGUGAACGAGGAGAAGAUGGAGAGAGAAAGAGAAGAGGAGUGGGUGGAAUAGGAGGUAGGGGUGGAAGAGGAGGAGGUGAAGAAGGAGGUGCCAGGAAGCAUCUGGAUGCCUUGAGUGUGGGCUACUUCCGCAGAGUGGGAGAGAGACUCAGCGAAGGCUUCACAGAGGAUGAGGAGAGAGGUGAGAUGAAUGACCUUGCACAGGGGGAGGGGAUUGGGGGAGAAAUUGUGUGUGUGUAAAUGUACAUUUCUGUGGCCUUUACAACAUAUCUUUAUUUCUUCCUCCCUCCCUUGUAGUUCUCUUUGUGUAGAACGUGCUAACGGAGAUCAAAGGGUAGGCCGCCCUGGUUGCCAUGGAUGUGACCAGAAGUGUCACCCUCCAGCAGCUGCUCCCAUUGGCUAGCCCCGGCCAGGUGGGGGACGUGCUGGCCAAGCUUGGCGGAGAAUCCGGGUUGGAGUUCAAGACAGUGUCAUGUGACAAAUGUGGGGGUCACGUCGUGGAGAGCGCCCUCAGACAGAUGCCCAGAUGGAGAGGUGAAUCUGAUGGUGACCAAUCUGAAAAAAACACCUAGGCCCUGAAAUGUCUUGUUUUAGGUAACUUCAUUAAGGUCUAAUAGAAUGACACAUAUAAUGAAUCUUACUUGUUUAUGUCAGCCACCACAGAAGGAGAUGCAGAGACAAAAGGGGAGGAUUAUGGGAUACUGGAGGCCCAGGUUCUGUCCCUGUGUUGCGUAGUGAGGGAGCACUGUGUAGAGUUCAUCAGACACACACAUGGCUCCCACGUAGCUCGCACGCUCAUAAAUGUACUGGCAGGCUGCCUUGUCCAGCCCGCACCAAUACAGCACGCUCAGGUACACACACACAAACGAUUAUCCAAACAUACACUCAUACACACUAACUUAUCUUAUCUGUGUAUUUUGUUUCAGGUGUAAAGGACAGGAAUGUCACCACUCAGCUGACAUACUUUGAGAUGGCCACGUCAUUUUGGUGGGAAUUGAAAACCCUGUCUACCUCCUUGAUGGACAAGUUCAAUCGCAAGGCUUCUGUCAUCAAGCUACAGUAUAUAUAAAACUAAGCCCCACAUUGCACAUUGCACAUCUUCAUAGUAGAUGUUCAUACAGUGAGAGAAAAAAGUAUUUGAUCCCCUGCUGAUUUUGUACGUUUGCCCACUGACAAAGACAUGAUUAAUGGUAGGUUUAUUUGAACAGUGAGAGACAGAAUAACAACAAACAAAUCCAGAAAAACGCAUGUCAAAAAUGUUAUAAAUUGAUUUGCAUUUUAAUGAGGGAAAUAAGUAUUUGACCCCUCUGCAAACCAUGACUUAGUACUUGGUGGCAAAACCCUUGUUGGCAAUAACAGAGGUCAGAUGUUUCUUGUAGUUGGCCACCAGGUUUGCACACAUCUCAGGAUGGAUUUUGUCCCACUCCUCUUUGCAGAUCUUCUCCAAGUCAUUACGGUUUCGAGGCUGACGUUUGGGAACUCGAACCUUCAGCUCCCUCCACAGAUUUUCUAUGGGAUUAAAGUCUGGAGACUGGCUAGGCCACUCCAGGACCUUAAUGUGCUUCUUCUUGAGCCACUCCUUUGUUGCCUUGGCCGUGUGGUUUGGGUCAUUGUCAUGCUGGAAUACCCAGCCACGACCCAUUUUCAAUGCCCUAGCUGAGGGAAGGAGGUUCUCACCCAAGAUUUGACGGUACAUGGCCCCAUCCAUCGUCCCUUUGAUGCGGUGAAGUUGUCCUGUCCCCUUAGCAGAAAAACACCCCCAAAGCAUAAUGUUUCCACCUCCAUGUUUGACGUGGGGAUGGUGUUCUUGGGGUCAUAGGCAGCAUUCCUCCUCCUCCAAAUAUGGCGAGUUGAGUUGAUGCCAAAGAGCUCGAUUUUGGUCUCAUCUGACCACAACACUUUCACCCAGUUCUCCUCUGAAUCAUUCAGAUGUUCAUUGGCAAACUUCAGACGGGCCUGUAUCUGUGCUUUCUUGAGCAGGGGGACCUUGCGGGCACUGCAGGAUUUCAGUCCUUCAAGGCGUAGUGUGUUACCAAUUGUUUUCUUGGUGACUAUGGUCCCAGCUGCCUUGAAAUCAUUGACAAGAUCCUCCCGUGUAGUUCUGGGCUGAUUCCUCACCGUUCUCAUGAUCAUUGCAACUCCACGAGGUGAGAUCUUGUAUGGUGCCCCAGGCCGAGGGAGAUUGACAGUUCUUUUGUGUUUCUUCCAUUUGCGAAUAAUCGCACCAACUGUUAUCACCUUCUCACCAAGCUGUUUGGCGAUGGUCUUGUAGCCCAUUCCAGCCUUGUGUAGGUCUACAAUCUUGUCCCUGACAUCCUUGGAGAGCUCUUUGGUCUUGGCCAUGGUGGAGUUUGGAAUCUGAUUGAUUGAUUGUGUCGUAUAUGAUGAGUGGUGGCAAUUAUUGCUGUCAACACAGAGUCCGUUAUGCUGCAUCGUGUGAGAGGCUUUUAUUAAAAUCACGAGUUUACAGCAUAGGUACAGACUCGCGAUGUCCGGAGAACGGCUCCCCAGAUUGCUAUGGCCGUUCUGACGUUCCUCGCCUAACCCCCUUAUUUAUAAACAAUGAAACUCCCUCCUCUGGCCAAUCACCAGUCUCCCCUUUAUAUAGCCUUCCAAGAGUUGAAUAGCUCCCUCUACUGUCCAAUCCCCGUAUCUUACAACCCACUUCCUGUCUGUCAUAUGUCAUUAUACUAAACAUUGCCUUCUGAUACUAACAUAACCAACAUUCCAUUUCUUCAUGAAAAACAUUUAACAAAGGCAUAAUCUUUAGAUACUAUAAUUGCUUCUGUGGACAGGUGUCUUUUAUACAGGUAACAAGCUGAGAUUAGGAGCACUCCCUUUAAGAGUGUGCUCCUAAUCUCAGCUCGUUACCUGUAUAUAAGACACCUGGGAGCCAGAAAUCUUUCUGAUUGAGAGGGGGUCAAAUACUUAUUUCCCUCAUUAAAAUGCAAAUCAAUUUAUAACAUUUUUGACAUGCGUUUUUCUGGAUUUGUUUGUUGUUAUUCUGUCUCUCACUGUUCAAAUAAACCUACCAUUAAAAUUAUAGACUGAUCAUUUCUUUGUCAGUGGGCAAACAUACAAAAUCAGCAGGGGAUCAAAUACUUUUUUCCCUCACUGUAGUACAUACUAUUGGAGACAUUUUGUCACAGUGACAUUACAUGACCUAUCUCUCCUCUUCCGUCUCUCCAUCAGUGUGUAUGACCGAUGCUGUGGCUAGUAUUGUGUUCCAGACCAUGUUGACGGUGUGUCACAGAAACCGGCCCAAACUCUGCAAACUUCUCACCAAAGGCAUCGUGAAGUACCUGACAUCACUCACCUCUGCUCCUGGAGUUAGGUGAUUAGAGGAAGUCUCACAGACCUAAGUCAAUGUUUCUAUGUCCUUGUGGUUUUGAAUCCAAUGUGUCGUAUGUCUCUCUCUUUCUCUCAGUCCUCUCUUUGUGUUUCUGAAAGACCAGGCUUCUAGUUGGCUCAUUGAGACAGUCAUCCAGCUGUCCCACAAGGCCUUGCUCCGGCACCUCUAUAAGAACCACCUCCAGGGUCAGCUGGCCACCCUGGCCAUCCAUCCAAUCGCUAACUUCCCAAUACAGAGACUGACAGCAGCUUCCACCAAUUACAAAGUUGUAUGCCAAUAUGUAUACCCCCUAUAGUUAUUUCUGUGUAUACAUCAUUGUUACUUAGUAGCAUUGUUCACACAAAUACCAUACUAUUAGUCCCCAAAUCCAUAAGAUGGUAGAUACUGCUGAAUAUAAUCUGUUUUGUUGGUAUUCAUCAGAGUUCAUACAGAACACAGGUUUACAGUGACAGUAGGAACUCUAUACCUUCUACUUCUUUCUCUCCUCUCCCUUCCUCCCGCUCCCCUUUCCACAGUUUCUGAAGGUGUUCGAUGAGCUAGCCGAGGGUCUGGAGGCCAUCUUGGCGGCAGGUCACAUGGGUGUGAUCGUCCAGCUGACAGACAGCUGUGCAGAGCGGGAGGAGAAACGGCGAGAGAUGAUGCAACGCCUCCUCAGUGCUUUUCACUGUGCUGAACCUGCCUCCCGACACACCGCCUGCCUGCCUCUCUUCCUGUCGCUGCUCACACACGAGGUGUACUACAGCUCAGAGACAGCAGAGGGCACAGCAGAGGGCGAAACAGAGGUAUUGGUCUCGAAGUUACUGUAUUAACUUGAUAUUCUGAAUGCAAACCCUACAAAAAUGUGAGUACUUUUGUACCUGACACCAAAGCUCACAGUCUUUUGUUAUUUAUGAAAGCAUACUACGUGUCUACCAAUGUAGAGACCAACACCACUGUCCUUUGUAUCUCCCUCUUUAGUGCCCCCUAUCCUCUAUCUGUUACCUUGGCUCCCGUCUGGUCCAAUCGCUGGCCAAGUUUAAAGACCGCUCCCUGCUCCUGAACAGCCUCCGCUCUCUGACCCCCGCUGACCACCUGACCCUGGGAACCGACCAAUCAGGCAGCCACGUUCUCCAGCUCCUGGUGACAUCAUACAGCGAUAAGGGGAGGGGCAAGAUCCUGAGGAGACUGGAGGUAGGACCUGUGCGAGAGAUGAUAACCUGAACAGAGUACUUCCUCUCAUUGUUAAAGAUAACCUGAACAGAGUACUUCAUCUCACUGUUAAAGAUGAUAACCUGAACAGAGUACUUCAUCUCACUGUUAAAGAUGAUAACCUGAACAGAGUACUUCAUCUCACUGUUAAAGAUGAUAACCUGAACAGAGUAUUUCCUCUCACUGUUAAAGAUGAUAACCUGAACAGAGUAUUUCCUCUCACUGUUAAAGAUGAUAACCUGAACAGAGUAUUUCCUCUCACUGUUAAAGAUGAUAACCUGAACAGAGUACUUCAUCUCACUGUUAAAGAUGAUAACCUGAACAGAGUAUUUCCUCUCACUGUUAAAGAUGAUAACCUGAACAGAGUACGUCCUCUCACUGCUAGUCAUGGUCAUGAUCCAAAGCUGGCUGUUUCAUUGAUCAUAUUCUCACAGCAGUCCCCAUAACCCUAAUCCCCUGUGUCCUCUCCCUCUCCCUGCCAUGUCCUGACUUGGCUCCUAGGGCCAGUAUGUCCAGAUGGCCUGUUCCAGGUAUGGCAGCCGUGUGUUGGAGGCAGUCUGGAACAGCACCACUGUACUCCUUUACUGGUUAGAGUUGAGGGCGGCAGGUAGCUUAGUGGUUAAGAGCGUUGUGCCAGUAACCGAAAGGUCGCUGGUUCUAAUCCCCGAGCAGACUAGGUGAAAAAUCUGUCGAUGUGCCCUUGAGCAAGGCACUUAACCCUAAUUGCUCCUGUAAGUCGCUCUGGAUAAGAGCAUCUGCUAAAUGACUAAAAUGUAAAUGUUGAUUUCAUUGUGUGGGGUGUUGUUGCAAGCGUAAUCAUAUUCUGUGUCAGUCCUUAGCACUAAACAGCUGAUAAAAAUUAUCAAAGCUUGAGGAGUUGAUUAUUUGAAUCAGCUGUGUAGUGCUAGGGCAAAAAACAAAAUGUGCACCCAUUGGGGGCCCCCAGUACAGAGUUUUGGAAACGCUGUUUUAGACCAGGGUUUCCCAAACUUAUUUCCCAUAGGGGAUUUUAGAAACAUUUAAAAUAAGGGCUGUGUUUCGUGUAGGCUUACCCUGGCGUGACGUUUGGAUAACCAUGUAAAUCUCUCUCGGACAAGGUGACUAAUCAAUAUAUUAGUCUCUAUUUACUCUCAAAUUCGAAAAUGCUAAUUAGCGUCAAAGUAGACCAUGCAAAACUACAAAUCCCUGCAAGCUCCUGCACGUCAUCCCUAACUGACACCUUUGCUAACAGGUAUUGUGUCAACUUAAAAAUUAUACAAGACUGUUCACAGAAUUAUCAAUUUAAAGAAAUGUAGCCAAUUUAUUAAUUACUACAUUUAGCUAACAUUAGAUAUUUAAUCCAGAGAUUCUUACCUUUACCUCUUCUGCAGUCUCGUCCAGAUCAUCAUGGCAUUUGUAGUUGUAAAAAAUAAAAAAAAAUAAAAAAAUGUAUGCACUGGAUAAGAGCGUCUGCUAAAUGUCUAAAAUGUAAAAUGUAGUUCUUUAUAAUAGCCACAUUAGCAGCUAAUUAGCAUUUCAUUUUGGGGGGUAAUAAUGAAUAAUAAGUCACCUUGUCCGAGAGAGAUUUACAUGGUUAUCAAAACGUCACGCCAGGGUAAGCCUACACGAACCACAGCCCUUAUUUUAAGUGUUUCUAAAAUCCCCUAUUGGAAAAAUGAAUGGUGGAAAAACGAUUGGAACCCUUUCCCUGUUUGACCGCCAGGUCUCAUGGGUAUUAUGACUGGGACUCUUAUUUAUCUCUCUUUCCCUCUCAGUGCCUUGUGAGACACAACUGAGAUCAGACCAGUUUGCUCGUCACGUUUGGCCCAAAUUUGCCCUGACCCACUUUGUGAAGAGGCGGGCCCAGUGGCAGGAAGUACAGACAGGCGAAUCAAAGAAGCCGAAGCUCUUUAGUGACAUUCUGGAGUGAGAAGAGUAGAUGGUGCUGGGAAUUAUAUUCUAUGGAAUUUCACUGUGAUUUUUCUACAUUAAACAAAUAAUAUAAUCAUCCACUCUUCAUUUGUGUACAUGGUAAUGAGUGAUAAAAGUCCA